GAUAGAAUUGUCAGUCCUGCUUGUCAUUCGGCCCUAGCAACCGAAGCAUCCUAACGACGCCUGCAGCGUGGCCUGAGGCCCUCUUCGCCCAGACCCCAGAGUGGACCCCUGAGCCUGCAGGCAGACAGAAAUCUGAAAAAUGUUAGAAAGUCCAAAAUCCAGCAAGACCUCUGAACUAAGUCCCAAAGAUUCAGUAAAGAAACUUAAAAUUAAAGAACAAACCAAAGCUAAAGGAUCAGCCAAAGGCAAGCGAAAACAGCUUGGUAAAAAAGAUGAGGAAGUUGACAUAUCUAUGGCUAGCAUAGGCCACCCAGAGAUCUUUCCAUUAGUUUUCACUCAAAAGACACAAGAAAUUUUAAAUUGUCGAAUUAAUGAAGAUGUCACAGAAGAAAAACCUUACAAACUUCUGAAAAAAGAGGACAUAAUUCAGGACAUGAAGACAAGAGCUGCAGUCUCCGAUUUCCACCCAGUCAAAAAAAUAGUCCUAGAAUAUCCAGGGGAAGAACUUCUGGUAGUUUUAGAUACAGAGUUCAAAUAUGGACAGAACUUUUAUCUUGUUGCAACUGAAGAGGCCAAGGAAAGCUUUUUAAAUCCUCCAGAGCCAGUGGAAGAAGAAGGAGAGACUAAAGAAGGAACAACAGAGGAAUACGUUUAUAAGCCUCCUGUCCGCAAACCUUGGGUCUCCCUUGGCAGUGAAAAGGAAAUUGAAGAAGAAUCGGUUAAUGAAUCUCUUAGAAAGAUUAAAUAUAUGAUUUCUCGAGUGCGCAGAGAGUUUGGUUCAAAGGUCAAAUUUACUGAUAGAAAUGCUUCAAGUGUAAAAGAUGGCUACAUUGAAUGUACAUCCUAUCAGGAUAAAAAUUUCAUCAUUAAGAAACUUGAAAAAGAUGUUGGUACACAAGUCGUUCCAAAAGUAAGGGAAAUGAGUACUCAAACAAAGUGGACCUAUCCAAGAAAUGCAGCCACACAGUAUUUUCCUAGAGAGUUCUCAGAUGAAGAAAAAGAGCUGUGUUUGUCAUCUGAGGAUCUGAAAGAAUUUAUUAUCUCAGUGCUUUUAAGAGUGGAAAUAGCAUUGCAGCAAAAUGAAAUAAUGAAUGCCUUUUUUGAUGACUGGAAAGCAUUAGCAGAAGAUGAAAGUGCCUUUGGUGGCAAGUCAGAUGCUUACCUUAAGGAAUACCAAUCGUUUACAGACCUGCACUAUCUGAAGCAUAGAACAGUUAGCUGUGUUUGCUGGCACCCAACCAUUUAUGGGAUUAUAGCAGUGUCAGUAACAGAGCGGCUUUCUUAUGAAGAACGCAUUGCCCAAUCGGGUAAACUGUUGUUGCGGAAGUCACCAAUUCUUUUUUGGAGUUUCUCUGACCCUAUUCACCCUCAGUUAAUGCUGGAUUGCCCUGAAGAUAUCUACUGCUUUGAGUUCUGUCCAUCUGAUCCCAAUAUCAUUGCUGGAGGCUGUAUGAAUGGACAGGUUGUACUGUGGGACAUUUCUGAGUAUGAAGAAAAGCUGCAGAAUGCUAAAACUGGUGCUGGUGGAAGCAAGAACACUGCUGUUAAUAUGCCAACGUUUAUACAAGCACAACAAAGUGGUAAGGAACCACAUUUUGUGAGAUAUUGUGCAGUCUCUUCCAUAGAAUAUGGCCAUAAAACAGUAAUAACAGAUAUACACUGGCUGCCAGACUAUUUUGAGGUUAACAGAAUGGGCAUUGUUUUUGAAAACAGAACUGGAGUUUGUGUGCAGCUUGUAACCUGCUCUCCUGAUUGCUCCAUAUUAUUUUGGGAUCUUCGAGCCCCCAAAGCUACUAUCCAGAGUUCAUUCGAGAAAGUAAAAGAAGACAAGGUUAUCGAGGCUCCCCCUGAUGUACCGACUACUUUUAAACAUCUAGAUCUCUCCUGGAGACCUCUCAUUAAGGCAAACCUAUCCAAGAGCGACACAAGUGGAGAGUAUAGUCCUACCAAAAUUAGCCUAGUGGAAGAGCAUUUCCAUUACAAAAUGCAAGAUAAGAUGCAAUACCAAGUCAAACCAGAAAUAUUUGGAGAUGAAAAUCCUUAUAAGCAGUUAAAGGUCCCUUCAGCCAAAGCUCUUCAGAUAUUGGAGAAUAUCCCCACCAACUUUUUUGUUGGAACUGAAGAUGGUGAAGUUAUUUAUUCCGACUGGAAGAUGGAAAGAGAGAGUGACUCAGGAAGACUGAUUAGUCAGAAACCAGCUAACAAAUACACCAUCCAUGAUGGAAUUGUCCACACUAUACAAAGAUCUCCAUUUUUCAAAGACAUCAUUCUUAGUGUUGGAGGCUGGAAUUUUGCCAUAUGGAAAGAAGGUGUUACAAGUGGCCCAAUCCUUCAAUCAUGCUGCUCAUCAAAAAGAUAUACUGUAGGACAUUGGUCCUUAUCGAGAGCCGGAGUUUUCUUCAUUGGUAGAGAAGAUGGAAAUAUUGAUAUUUGGGACCUACUGGAGAAAACACAUGAGCCAUCCCAGACCCAGAACAUCUCUAUAUCAAUGAUCACCUGCAUCAAACCCUGGAUCGUCUCUUCAAAGCAGCACUUUUUAGCUAUAUCUGAUAACUUUGGAACUCUGCAUAUUUUAGAAAUCUCUUGGACAUUAAGUCACCCUUCCAGUAAUGAGCGUGCCAGUGUUCUUCAUUACUUUGAGAGAGAGGUCAAACAUCUGGAUUAUUUUGAACAGCGUCAAGAAUUCCGAGCCAAAGAAAGAAAGGAAUUGGAACUGGAAACACAGAGGAAAAAGACAAGAGUGGCUGGUGGACAGAAAUCAAGAGAACAAAUGGAGGAGCAGAUGAAUAUAAAUUACGUAGAUUUUCUGGAUGAAGAGAAGAAGAUCCUGACAGGACUUGGGCUACUGAAAGCAACAGAUAGAUUUGCCUAGAACAGAACACAAUGAGCAUAUUGGCAAAUGUGUAUUUUUUUUUCAGGAUAGGUUAUUUUGCUUUUUUGGGAAACCUGUUUAUAUUUAAUUAGCAGCAUCUUUAGUAUGAGAACUGUAAAUAUAAAUCAUAUCACACUAGGGAAAAUUAUCUCACUAGCUUUAUGAAGAUGUUUGCUCACAGCAGCAGGUAAGAGAACACUUGAUUUGUGAUAUUCCUGCAUGGCCAUUCAUUAAUGAUUAUAGUUAUAAAUGAGUCAUCUCCUGGUUUAAUGGCAUUAUUUUAAGUUAGCCUACUUAUUUAUUGUUACAAUGCACCUACCCAGCACUGUGCCUGCUGUAAAAAUAUUCAGUGAAAAAUCUACUCAACAAGUCAAAAUAAGACUACAACAUCCUCCCCUGCAAACUGCUCCCGUUCGAAUAGAAUACAGGAUAUUAAUAUUCCUGCUGCUCAGCUCCAAUAAACAUCUCCCACGCCCAUCUCCCACGUUCAUCAUCCCCAAAGCACUCAAUUCCCCCGGAAAAGCUUACUUUAAGUUUUGCAGCAUGCCCUGAAGGUCCCAAGUUUGGGCAUGUCAUGAAUCAAGGGAGAAAGAGCGCUCCAAAGCCAGUAACACACUGCCGCUCGCCACCUUUGGUUUACAUCAGGAGGGACCAGUCAGCACCUCAGAUGACCACAACUGCCCCGGCAACAUACGAAGAGAAAGAGGUAGUCUCUCAAGUGGCUGGGACUGAAGCCUUUAAACCUCAUAAACAACACCACACACUUCACCUGGGCAGAUCAUGAAGCACUGGUCUCCUGUGCUCUUUUCAUGAAAGUCCAGCUCAUAAGCAGGUCACUGUAUUCUGAACUACCUGCAAUUUCCACAUCAUUUGAAAACAUCACUGCAAACAGAGCACACAAUCUAACCUUUGGGUGAUUAGGGAGUAGAGCACGGCAGCUAGUACGGGACUUACUGUUUGUUAAAUACAGAGUGUGGCAGACCCACGGAAAGAACAGCAGGAAUCGUACUGGCCUAGGGGGCCUAUGUUUCGAUUCUAUCGGAGGUGUGAAUUAAUGCCACUUUACAAGCUUUGCUUCAGUAUUCAAAGGCUUCUUUGAGCCCCAUCUCUGUGUUGCUAAAGUGGUUGGCAGACUUUCCUUUGCUGAAGACUGUGAGGAAAGGGAGGUUUACGCUACGCAGUUCUUAGCAACACAGCCCAGCCCCUACAGCCGUGGUGCUAAAAGGCGCACAGUGUAGCCACCGUUUGUCGGCAGGAGAGAGCUCUCUCGCCAAGAAAAAACAUCCAUCCCCAACGAGGAGCGGUCGCUCUGUCGGCAGGAGAGCGCUCCUGCCGACAAAGUGCUGUUCACACCAGCGCUUUUCUUCGACAAAACUUGUGUCUUUCAGGGGGAUGUGUGUGUGUUUUUUUUAACACCUGUGAACAACAGAAGUUGUGUCGUUCAUUUGCCAGUGUAGACAAAGCCUUAGAUAGAAGAAACAACAAACAGAUACGAGCUAGACACUCAUCAAGAGAUUUUGAUGAACCCUGGUAACUACAAGAAUGAAGCUCUAGUGGCUAGGUAUGAUUGUAGAACCUGGAGGUGUGUGUUCCUUAGCUAGUUUUCCUGUGUUGUGAUUAACAACCAUUUGCACGUAGUUAAAGGCGAGCACAAGAUUUUUAAAAAGAACGUGUUUUCCUGUGAAUCCCAUGCAAGAUGGCCCUAUUUCUUCCUGUCUGACAUUUAUUUUAAGGUUCAGUUCACAGUUUGAUUUAAGCAGAUUCUGAACAGUGGGAGGAUGGAUAAGAGGGUAGUCACAGAAGUACUCUAGCUCCUCAGAACACUUCUUUUAUUUACAUGCUGCAGUUUGUGAAAGUUGUUCUGUGAAGAACUGGGUGGUUCCAGAUUAGCAAUGGAGAUACAGAGCCUUACAUUGCAGGUUUGAAUCUUUAACAACUAGUGAUAGUGACCAGAGAUAAUGCACUGGCUGUCACAUCUCCCAUCUGAAAUGAGCUGACAGGCUCAAUCAAGCUUUGAGAUGUCACAAAAUUCACCAACAUAAAAAUUGGUGCUGAGUGGCCAUUUUGUUGUCAAUCACAGUAGAGGGACCAAAGAAUGUAAAUGGAAACCUAACUGCUUUCAUCUUUAGCGGGUGGUCACAUCUGGUGAGGGCUGACGAAAAUUGCUAGGGAAUGAUUCUGCUCUUUUUGUGGAAUCGACUAAACACCAUUACAUUGUGUGGAACACAUUGUGUGAACUGAUACAAAAAUCUAAUGAACAGAAUAGAUCUCUCAACCAGGAAUAUUUCUGAGAGAGAAUAAAAACCGUGUUCUAGUUUUUCCUUGGUCCUUUCACAGAUCUCUGAUGUCACAGCCAUAUAUCAGAGCCCAGCACAGCUGCAUAAGAACAGCAAGAGUUCCUUCUUCACUAGAGAAUUCCCCAAACCAAAAUCCUGGACUGGUGUAAACCUGAUCUUUGGCAGAAAUUGAGUACAAACAUCACAGCACAGAUGAUGGAUGUUCUCCACACCGACUGCAACGGGCAACAUGGAAUAAUGGCAAUAGCUUGAAUUAGAGGGAUACCAGCAGAUUAAGUCAUAUAUGUAACAUAUUUCUUUCUAACUAAAAUUGAAAGAAUUGUGUACAUUCUAAUUACUUUUCAUGAUUUAGACUUUGUAUUUUUGUUUUGUUUUAAUUUCUCUCAUCUUAGGCAAUGGAAAUAGAUUAUUCAGUUCCUCUUUUAUGUCUAGUCAGUUUCACUUGCUGGCUCUAAUGCUUGUACUGGGAUGCCAACAUUGCAGGGCAAUUUCUUUAUUUUAAAGAAAAUUUCUAUUGGAAAAAGCCACAAUUUUUUGUAUUUGUCUUAGCUUUUGUAAAAGCUUAUUGUUAAUAGGCCUAAACUUUGGACUAAGUUUCACCUGCCAGUAAAACCUUAAACAAUAACAUCCUUAUGCCUUUGCUUCAAGGAGGUAAUCAAAUUCUUAACCAAAAUCACAGAUCUAACCCCCUAGCACCACCACCACCACCCCAAGUCUAGGAAAUUUCAGAACUCUGCAAACUGGAGCAUCUCUGCUUAAAAUAAUUAUUUUGUUCAUCGGAUUAUAAAAUGAUUCCUAAUUUAAGAUUAGUAAAUGCUUAACAAAUGGAAGACUGGACCCAUAAAAAUAUGUUGUUCCCCCAAGGAAACUGGGUUGUAUUAGAAAGAGCAGCUUUUACUGAGCACACAGUGAAUGUUGCUGUUUGCAUUUCCACUGAGAGGCAAUUAUUCCUGAGAGAUGAACCACGUGUUAGACAACAGCUUUAAUAUCCACAAGUGUAAAUGAGUAACAGCCUCAUUAAUAUUUAUGUUCAUCCUUUAUCUGCAGGGAUGACUCUUUACAUUAUGCAGCGUUCCUGCCUGUUGCUAGGUUUCCAAAGCCAGGUCAGAUACCAUGUAACUGAGUAGAACCUGUCAAGUGGAAAUUAAAUGUAUCAGAAAAGGACAGAUUAAACUCUAUACGGGUGAAUUCACUCUUUCCAUGACUCACUGAGCUGUUUUGAGGGUCACAGACUCCUGUCAAAUGAGUGUCCAUAUGGUCACAGUAGAAAUUAGAACGCAAAAUAAAACUGACACAUAGGGCCUUUGCCAAAAGAAACUUCUGUAGACCAAUGCUACCCUACUACUUCAUCCGAACAAAGGCUAUUCUAAAAACCCUGGAACAAGAUAGCUAUGAGCUUCCUGUCCACAGAGAAAUACAGAGAUUACAAAUAGGUUUUAAGGAAAUGUAAAAACAUGCUGUAAAUCCACAAGGGCUAGUGUCUCAAGGCCCCUCCCAUUAGGUAUAUUUACUUUUUGCUAAAGCUUCAGUCAGGCUUAAAGAAAGUGCCAACUGAGUACCACUAAAUCUGGAUGUAAUUAUAGUGUGACAUUUAAAAAGGAAAACUGAGCACGUAUGUUUAGAAAUGAUUAUAAAAUUAUCAGCCUUUUAUUUUUAAUUUGAAGUUUAAAUACUAUUACAAUUACAUUAUGUGGCUCCUCUGUAUUAGGCAAUCUUUACAUCAAAAUAAAAGUGAACGGUAAUAACCGC